AAUUUCUACCUUAGUUCAAUAUUUAGAGCGUCAUGUGAUAGUUCCCGUGGUUUUCCUGCUUUAUAUUGCCGUCCAACCUGCCCGACCGGAUCAUUUUGCCAGACGUCGCUUUAAAAUGGGUGCUUUAGCAGUGGUGUGCCUCCUGGUUUGGACCCUCAUGAUUGACUUCACCAGAGCCAAAUACGAGCCGACCUGGGAGUCCAUUGACUCCAGACCGCUGCCAGAGUGGUUCGACCAGGCGAAGUUCGGCAUCUUCGUACACUGGGGGGUGUUUUCUGUGCCGAGCUUCGGCAGCGAGUGGUUCUGGUAUUACUGGCAGCAAAAACACCCGGAGUAUGUUAAUUUCAUGAAGAAAAACUAUCCUCCGGACUUCAAGUACCAAGACUUUGCACCACAGUUUACAGCUGAGUUCUUCGAUGCCAAAGAGUGGACGGACAUCUUUGCUGCAUCGGGGGCAAAGUACAUUGUGUUGACCACGAAACACCAUGAAGGAUUUACUCUUUGGGGCUCCAAAAACUCCUGGAACUGGAACGCUGUGGACGUGGGACCAAAGCGAGACCUGGUGGAUGAAGUGGCGAGUGCCGUGCGCGCCCAGGGUGGCCUUCGUUUGGGGCUUUACCAUUCUCUAUUUGAGUGGUUCAACCCGCUCUUUGACCAAGAUGCCGCCAACGUCUUCACUACAAACUACUUCCCUACCACUAAAACUCUCCCCGAGCUUUAUGACCUUGUUUCGAAGUACAAACCAGAGGUCCUGUGGUCUGACGGCGAUGGAAAUGCUCCCGACAAAUACUGGAACAGCACGGGCUUCCUGGCCUGGCUCUACAACGACAGCCCGGUAAAAGAAACGGUUGUGACGAACGAUCGCUGGGGCUCCGGUUCCAUCUGCAAACACGGUGGAUAUUACACCUGCAGUGACCGCUACCAGCCAGGACAUCUGCUCAAUCACAAAUGGGAAAACUGCAUGACCAUCGACUCCAAGUCCUGGGGCUACAGACGCAACGCUCCGCUCAGCGACUACAUCGGCAUCGAGGAGCUCGUGGCGACCCUGGUGGAGACCGUGUCCUGUGGAGGGAACCUGCUGAUGAACGUGGGCCCGACGCACGACGGCAGAAUCUCCCCGAUCUUCGAGGAGCGCCUCAGGCAGAUGGGCCAGUGGCUGAAGGUGAACGGCGAGGCCAUCUACAACACGACGGCGUGGCGGGCUCAGAAGGAGAACGAAACCAAAAACGUCUGGUACACAUCCAAACCUCAGGAAAAGGCGAUCUUCGCCAUUUUACUGGAGUGGCCGGAUGAUGGAUUGGUGAUCCUGAACGAACCCGUGGUAACCCAGAAACAGACGCAGGUGGAGCUCGUGGGUCACGGCCCUCUGAAGUGGACGCCUGUGCAGCCCAGCGGACUGCAGGUGUUUCUGCCUCCGCUGCCUGUCAGGAAGAUGCCGUGCCAGUGGGCCUGGACUCUGAAGCUGACAGGAGCCUCUUGAAGGAAAACCACUUCACUCCUACAGGAAGUGGCAACGCUGCCAGCCAGAAGAGAGUCUCUGCUCUUCUUCUUGAAUGACUUACCUUAAAUCUGUUUUUCUUGUUUUAUACGUACUGUAUACAGUGGUGGAGCCAGAGGGGUGGCCGGGGUGGCACUUGCCACCCCCAACAUACCCCUGGCCAACCCUACUGCCACCCCACUGGAAAUGGUAAUUUUAAAAUAUAAUACUUAUGAGAUCGGCAAAGAGUUGCGAGGAAAACUGUAAUUUCCGACUGUCCCUGAAGGCAGCCCGAUGCCUGACGCUGUUCAUUGGUUAAACUGACAUGUGGAUCCUGCUUGAUCCAAAACACAUCACCGGCUUUAGAGUUACAAGGUCGAGGAGUUUUGCAGGUAUUUACAACAUUUUACCGCUCAGCGGUAACCGCUGUUACCUUCCUAAUGAGAGGCGGCACUUGUCAUACAUUUCUAAAAAGAAAAAAAAAAUGGUUGUGCACCGCUGCUAGUGCCUCGUUUAUUAUAUUAGCCAUGCUAGUGCUGAUAGAUCGUGUUUCAGACAGAUUAUUUUAACAUAUGUUUUAGUGCACAUGCUGCCCUCUAAUGUUUUUUUAUCUCCCAGCUCUUGCUUGAAAUGUGUGGUAAGAAUAUGUGAAAAACCAUUAAGUUUUAUAAUGACUGAAAUGUAAGUAGGCUAUGUCAUAUGAAAGCUUUGAAUUAUAACCUCACUAGUUAUAUUAAUUAAUUUUAAUUAAUGUAUUUUUAAUUUAGUAUUUUAGCUAGCUACAGAAAACUAAAAACUAUAGUUUAAAUAAUAGUUAAAAUAGUGUUGUCUCUGCCAAACAGUCAUGGAGUCUAAAUACCAGGCUGUCUUAUUUUGUGUAGAGUCCAAAUGAAGAGAAAAGGAAAUAUGUCCCAGUUCUUCUUAAAGAGGCAAAAACCAGGGCCAGACCAGGAGCAGACAGAACCCUGCAGCAGUGACCAGGACCAGACAGAACCCUGCAGCAGUGACCAGGACCAGACAGAACCCUGCAGCAGUGACCAGGACCAGACAGAACCCUGCAGCAGUGACCAGGACCAGACAGAACCCUGCAGCAGUGACCAACCAGGAGACUCCAGGCCCAAGUGUAUCACCAACGGGUUAGAGGUUGUGACAGAGAGUUAUUAAGUAUUAAAAUCCAAUAAGCCUAAUUCUAAAGGUUAGCAUGAUGCUUUUUGCAUUUUUUAUUGUGUCUGUUUAUGCAUUUCCAAUUAAGUUCCAGAGAGAGAUGAGGGUGAUACAGAUUCAGAGUCAGACUCUGGGGAGGAAGACAGUGAAGCAGAAGGAAAUGGUACUGAACUCCCCCCACCCAGCACAACAUAUUGCACACCAAAAGCACCAGUUUAUUUAUUUAUUUAUUUUUGAGAAUUUGUUUUUGGUCAUAUUCUGGGCUCUGAGUUUACAUUUACAUGUUCACUGUUCCAUAGUGCCGUUUAACGUCUUGUUUGGUCAUGGCAAAUCUUUGUUAAAUAAACCAUUUUAAUUUGUG